ACAACGUAGAAUUGGGGAGAAUAAUACACCCGCACCAUCUACUGGGGAAGUUGAACAUGAAUUAGGUCAAACAAUGCCAGGUAACCGAAGAAGCCGAAGAACUUCCGUUGAUAGUCGAAGAAGUCGUAGACGAUCAGCAUCUCCAUCUCCACCCCGUGAUGCAAUAAACACUAAUACAAACAAUACUGGUGCGGAAAAUCCUGAACAAAAUAUUGGUCAUUCUGGCUCUAUCAAAACAUCAUCUCUUCAACCACCACCACCUUAUGAGGCCACAGAUGAAGCACAAAAUAAUUCUUCAGAAAUGAAUCAGAGCCAUGUUGUUUCUAACCGCGAA